AUGAGCCGUCAAACAAUUGGCUCACGUACACAGUGUUUUUGUACAGAAAUAAUUGGAUGUUGUAAUGGGUUGCUUUGCACUCAAUUUCUUGAUUUUGAUUAUGCUUUAUGGAAUCCAUUUACAAGGCGGUAUAACAAGUUACCUCAGGCACCUAAACUUGAAUUUGAUCUUUUAAAGAAUUCGAAGCCUUUCGAAGGAUUUGGAUAUGAUCAUUUACAUGAUGAUUAUAAGGUAUUGAGAAUAUUUCAGAUUUUUUACCCAGAUGAUUUUAAUCGCAAAAAUUCUAUUAUUCGCAAUCAAAUUUGUGUUUACAGUCUUAGAUUGAAUUCAUGGAAAUAUAUUGAAGAUUAUCCUUAUGGUGAUCAUAAUUAUGAGUUUCAGUAUAAUCAUAAUCGAGGGUGCUUUGUAAAUGGUGCGUCACAUUGGUUAGCAUAUCCUUUAAUAUUGAAUGAGAAUGGAUUUCGGGUUCAAGGAUUAGAGUGGUCAAUUGUUGCUUUUAACUUUGAAGUUGAAAAAUUUAGUACAAUACCACAUCCAAAUGCCAAUAGGAAUGGGAAAAGUUUCCAAAUUGAUAAUCUAGGAGGAUUCCUAUGUAUUUCUGAGGAGGUUUGUGAGACUUGUUAUGUAUGGGUUAUGAAACAAUAUGGAGUUGGGGAGUCUUGGAUUAAAUUGCUUUCGCUUGAUUUGCAUUCGUUUAAAUUGGAAUAUCCCAUUGCUGAUCCAGAUAGAUAUGUACAACCUGUUGCCUAUUAUUCCAAGAAUGGAGAAAAACUUUUAAUGAAAACAAAUUUUAACACUCUUACCUGGUAUAACUUGAAGGAGACGACAUCUAACACAAUUAGAUUCCCAAUUAAAAUGGGAUCUUACAAUGCUUAUAUGUGUCUUGAAAGUCUUGUUUCGCCGUAUAAUGUUGAUGAUAAGGAGAUAGCUGCUCAAAUUCAAUAG